AAUAUCGCGUGGCAAGUAAAAUCACGUCAGUCAACCGAGGAUUACUUUUCGAAUUUAUACGAUAUAACUUUUUAUCUCGUGAUUUGCGGAAAAUCGUCUUUUGGGUUUUGUGGUCCGCGGUUUCUGUGGCGAGAAAGUGUGCCAGUGCGUGUUUAAUUGUGGCUUAUACAAAAGCAAAUCUGAGUAUUUUAUGGUUCCUGUUUCUAUAAAAUGUGACUUAACCAGAGGCGUGUGUUUUUUAACCACUGGCAAGGCGAAAUUUCUCAAAAUGCCCUCCGAUGUAGUCUCUAUGGUGACUACUGGCUUAGGAGUCAGUUUAGUUGCCGGAAUAUUGUCUGGUGUGGCUUACGUGUUGGCACAUAAUGUUGGGAGAAAAAAAAGAUCUCACAAAAAGAAACACGAUUGGUAUUGCGAAAUCUGCGGCGCAUACCUACACACCACCAAACACAUUUUGAAUGAAGAUCUGGUUACAUGUACCAAAUGUGGUGCAAAAGUAUGCUCACAGAAAUGCGCCAAGUUCAUGCCACAAACCCAGUGGGUAUGCAAGAAUUGCCUCGAUCCCAAGCAGGCAUGGUACCAGAAGAUUUUAAAGGCUUUUCAACCUGGUAGUUUGGGUACUUCCACGAUUUUUGAAAACAUGGUAAAACCAGAAGCAGAUACCCACCUGGAUUCCCUCCAAAGGUUGGAAAAAGAGCAGGUCAGAGAUUUCAUUGAGAAAUUGGUGAAUGUCAUGCUAGGAGAAGAUGUUGAUAAUGCAAGUGUAGGCAUGCUAUACAAUGACAGAAAUUAUCAAAAUUUAUUUAAAAAGUACCAUAGAGAGCUUAGUGAUACUUUAACCGAAUUAAGUUCUGCAUUGCGCAUUUCCAUAUCCAUAAAUUUACCAGUGACAGGAACAUCACCUUGUACAGCUCAUGCAGCAUUAAAACAACUUAUUGAAAAAUUACUUAAAGAAGCGGUAAAUUUGCCACUUUUGCAAGCUGCACAUGCACACCCUCCCACACCCCAGGAAACGUCCACCAACAGUACAUACGAAGAUUUGUUAGCUACUGCGAUCAUCAAUAAGGUCGUAACAGGGUGCCAGAACAAUCUCCCUACGUCCUCAGCAAAUAGCGUUUCUUCCAGUCGACACUCCACAUCUUCAAGACACCGCAAAGAUAGUAAAGAGAAGGAGUAUUUCUUUGGCGAGGAAACCCUAGAUGCAAAAUGGAAAACGACAGAUUUGGAUACGACUUCCGUAUCCAGUUUAGAGGAAUGGUUGCAAAGCGAAUCCAGUUUUGGGUCAAGAAAAUACGUCGACAAAGUUACUCUUAUGAUAAAACAAGACAUUGAAGAAGCAGAAGACGUUUACUCAGAAAAUGGUGAAGAAGGCGACGCAGAAUAUUUUCAGUCGACGUGUUCAAUUCUGAGCGAUUCUGAAUCAAACUGGUUUUUACAAAAAAGACAGUUUCAAGGUACUCAUUCGCCUGUACCAGUACCUAUGUUGGUUCCCAAUCCUACCGCAGAUGCCAAGGUUUUGAUUGGAGACAAACCAAUAGAUGACACCUCAGAUCUAUCCGAUGCCGGAUCAGAUAUUGAGGAAUUAGUCGAGCCGCAUACCACGCACACUCUUUUGCUGAAAUCGAAAAAUAUCAUUGGUGGAGGGAAAACUAUGGAGAUUGUAGAAACCGUAGAUGUACGUAGUGAGUCGUCUACUGAUUCUGGAGUCAAAGAGGUCAACGGGAAGGAACAGAAGAGCUUUGACGUGUCUUCGAAUCACAGAACUGAUAUUUCAUUAGAUGAUGACAACAUAGAAGACUCUUCUUACAUAUCAGUCUACAGCAACACAGAAAAAGAAGCAGAAUACACUGAAAAAUAUGCUUCUUUACCAAGACAAAUUUUAAGAAGUUCUACUCCUUUGAAUGGCAAGGUGAGUGAAGAAAACUCACAAAUCCAAUCAGAAGAGUCUUUUGAUUUAUCGAUAGAUGGGGAUUUUGAGUUUACCGGUGGCAACUAUAGUAAAAAGGAAAAAGAGAAAUGGAAACAUGCAAUCGAAAUGGAAAAUAAUCCUUAUUCUAAAGAGAACAUUGAAAGGCGAAUAAACAGAUCUGGCAGUGCGGCUGGUUCAAUUUUUGGACCAGACUACUAUGCCAGAAAAGCCGGAAAACCCUCAGGAGGGGAAAAAGACCUAUCAACAGGGAUUAAUGGUGUGAGCUGGCCUCCAUCAUCAUCAUCACCUUCACAAUCGAGAUCGCCUUCUCCUCCACCUCCGGAACUACCAAAAGUAGCACCACCUCCAAGACAUUUUAUUAAGAAUCAAGCAUCUUUCGAAAACCAGGAGACAACAUCUACAGUAGAAAUUGUUGGCACUGAAAUACCUCCAGCACCACCAAAGACAAAACCUCCACCAAAAAGCUUGAUUUUGGACGAAUCUGAUGGUAUUCAUCAAGCCCUAAAAGCCAUUGUUACUCCAGUAGAAGAAAAUAUGCCACAGAAUAUCGUUGAAAUACAUAACGAGGUGGAUAGCCAUCAAGUUCAACGAUCGCAAAGCUACAAUGUUCAAAUGAGUACUUCUGAAAUCACUUCUGAUUCUGACCUGAGCUUUGUUAAUUUUUACGAUGUUGAACAUUCGCAAGUUAUUCAAAAGACUAAAAACGAAGAUGUAGUUAUUCCUAUAAAGGCACCUGCUUUAUAUAAGUCAAUUUCUGAACCUGAUUAUAUAAAGAAAGAUGAACACGAUGACAUAGCUCUUCCAGUAGCAAAGCCGAGGAUUAUGGGUGUGCAAACUAAGCAGGAAAACGGACACUUCAUUAAAAAUACUGUUACCAGUAAACAACGAAACAUAGAGCCACCUUUAAAGCGUAACCUAAGCCAGUCUAGUCUUAUUGAGGAUUCUUUUGAUGCUCCUCCUAAGGUGUUACAUCAAAAAAAAGAUAAUACAAUAAUUUCAAAAAUAUACAAAGAUCCUAAAGUAAGACUAUAUGCUAUGAAUAGUAGAGAAGAGUUACUUGGGUCAGACAGCGAUUACAAUAAAAUUGUCUAUAGAAAUCAAAAAAGUUAUGAUGCCAAAGAACAAUUUUUAGCAAAGGCAAGAUCAGAACAUGAAAGCUCUGAUAACUCAGAGUAUGAAUCAGGUAAAACAGGGAAAAUGUCAUUUUUCAGUUCAGAAGAAGAUUUGUUAUCUCUUAAUUCUGAGUCUAAUAUAAAAACACCACAGGCUACGACUCCUAAGAAGUUCAUCUACAGUUCGAAUGAAGAUUUACUGUCCUUGUCUGGUGACGAACUAAAUUCCAUUUCCCAGCGUAAAGCCUAUCAAGUAGCUAAUAUGAAAAACUUCGCGUUACAAACAGAAUAUAAAAAUGAGGUGUCUACCCAUGAAGUAUUCAUUCACAGACCACAACGAAAGGAAAACGAUCAUGAACAACUACAGAUUAAAAACAACACAGCAAACCUAAAAAAGCUUUUCAGCUCCUACGAAGAUCUAUCUUCCGCUGACAUAAGCUUGGAGCAUCAUCCAAAUACUACUCAGAGUCACACCAUAGAACCACGACCUCUUAGUCAACAGAGUUUUAGCACUUUAGACGAAUCAGUUUCGGAAGAUUUAGAAGAGGUAGCCAGAAGACAUGUAGUUAAGCAAACCUUGGGAAAAUUUUCAAAAUCCGAAUUUAGCUUGACUGAAUCGAGAUUCCAAAGAGGAAGUUUAAUAGAAGAUAAUGAUAAUAUUAGAGUAUCUGUGAGAGAUUUGAGGAAGAAGUUUGAGUGUUGUGAUACAGGUAAAAAGCCAGUAGUUUCAAGCCUGACUGCCAGAAGUUUGUCAACGCAAAUAAAAGAGUCGUUAAAACAAUAAUAAAAUAGUAAAAUCCCAUACAUUUGAAGUAUUAUACAAAAUAUAUUGAUUAACUAAUUAUUGUAUAUAGUAAUGUAUUUUUAUAAAAUAUAUAAGCAAACACUGUCAUAAAUAGGAAUAAUAUUAUUUCAAGUAGCUUAAAGAAUAUAUUUUAAUCGUUUUUUUCUUCUAAAACAAAUGUAAAUGUUUAUUUAAAAACUAAGACUGAAUAGUUUUCUGCAUCUUGAAAAUAAUUAAAUCAUUUUACGUACCUAAUAUAUGAUUAAAUGAAAUGUAACCACUGAGGAUUUGUAUUUUUAUUUUUGUUUCAUUUUAUUUUAUGUUAUGUAUUGCUUAAUUAUAUAUGUACAUUUAUUAUAAUUUUUAAAAUAA